CUCAAUCUGUGCUUGGUAUAUAUUUCCUGAACAGUUAGUUAGAUGGAGUAGGUGAAUCAUCCAAAUUUUCCCUUCCCUCGUUCUCAGUUCCUUCGAGAGAGAAGAGGGGUAGACUCCUGACUGCAGAAUCUGCUGUUUUCCACCGACCUAAUUCUUCAAUGGGUGCUAUAAAGGCAGCGGUAGCCGAUGGGGUGUUGACUUUUAUGUGGGUUUUUUGCGCAUCGACUUUGGGCGCACUCACUUUUGUGGUGGCUUCUGCUCUCGGAGUAUCCCAAGGACUACCCACUCUUCUCGUCACUACUGUCCUUGUUUUUGUACUGCUGUUCGUGUUCGGCAUCAUCGGCGAUUUCUUGGGCGGCGCCACCUUCAAUCCCACUGCAAUCGCUGCUUUCUAUGCCGCUGGUAUUGGAGGCGCCGAUUCUCUCUUCUCUGCUGCCCUCCGCUUUCCUGCCCAGGCGGCUGGUGCAGUAGGUGGUGCUCUUGCAAUUAUGGAGGUUAUGCCAAUGCAGUACAAACACAUGCUUGGGGGUCCUUCAUUGAAGGUUGACCUGCACACUGGAGCUAUUGCUGAGGGCGUUUUGACUUUCACAAUUACCUUUGCUGUCCUUCUCAUAGUCCUUAGGGGUCCAAGCAACCCACUAGUGAAGAAUUGGUUGCUUGCCAUGGCAACUGUUUCGGCAGUCGUUGCCGGUUCAAGUUAUACUGGACCUUCGAUGAAUCCUGCCAAUGUAAGUGACAUAUCUCUUUUCCAUUCUAUCGCUAGAUUCUGAAAUUAUAUGAUGAUC